CCAAUGAGAGACCGUGACCUCAGAGGCAGGGAGUGAAAGCUAGCUGGCUAGACCACUGUGUGCAGCUCUAAAAUACCGCCGUGAACAAACGCAACACGCGUUAAAAGACGAGGUGUAUCUACCUGAGACAGGCGAUGGUGCGGGCUGUGUGGGCGGUGCUCCGGAUGGUGUCCUGCGAGGGAGCCGCCGUGCUGAAAUCAAACGUACCUGGCGCUGGUCGAGUGUCUGCACCGAGGCUCAGAUCUGUCUGCACUCCUUUGAUUUCCUGCCGCAGAGCUAUAACCAGUGAGGUGAGACACCUGCAGUCUGCAGUCAGAAUGCCUGAGAUAACCACAGACCACCUGGACGAGAAGCAGGUGCAGCUGCUGUCCGAGAUGUGCAUCCUCAUCGACGAGAACGAUCGCAAGAUUGGAGCGGACACCAAGAAAAACUGUCACCUCAACUCCAACAUCGACAAAGGUUUAUUACACAGAGCCUUCAGCGUAUUCAUUUUCAACAGUGAGGAGAAGCUGCUCUUACAGCAAAGAUCUGACGCCAAAAUCACUUUUCCAGGCUGUUUCACAAACACAUGCUGCAGCCACCCUUUACACACAGACAGUGAGCUGGAGGAGAAGGAAGCAAUAGGAGUGAGGAGAGCUGCUCAGAGGAGACUCAAAGCUGAGCUGGGCAUCCCCAUGGAACAGGUGACACCAGAUGAAAUGACGUACCUGACAAGGAUCCACUAUAAGGCCCAGUCAGACGGUGUGUGGGGAGAACAUGAGAUUGACUACAUCCUCUUCAUGCAGAAGGAGGUGGAGUUGAGUCCAGACCCCAAUGAGAUCAAAAGCCACUGCUACGUAAGCAAGGAGGAGCUGAAGGAGAUGUUGGAGAAGGCCAAGCGUAAAGAACUGGAGAUCACACCCUGGUUCAGCCUCAUCGCAGAGACCUUCCUCUUCCAGUGGUGGGACAACCUGCAGAACCUCAAGCAGUUCAUGGAUCACAACAACAUCCACCGCAUGUAACCAAAACCAGGAUCGGGCUCCACGCUCUGUCAUUUCAAACCUUGGGUUGUAGUAAUACUUGGCUGAUAUACAAGCAAAGCCAGCUGAACUGUUAGAGACCCCUGACACUCUGAUGUCAAAAAAUAAGUAUCACUUGCUGCUUCUGCCAAGGUAGUAGUACAGUAAGUGUAGGACUUCCACACUGAUGUUUAAGUCCUGCUGACAGUAAGAGGUGAUGUGGUAUAUAGUGGGUUUGUAGCCCUGAGGUGCAUUCAUCCAUACAUGAGAGCUGAUCCAAGUAGGGUCACUCUUAGUCUUAUGUAUUUAGAACACAUACAUCAGGUAAUCAAUUCUGACACACUGCACACUGGACUUACAGACUGUACAGAAGUAAAGACAUUCAACAUCUUAUUUUAGUAGGAGCAACGUAAUUAGUGACAACUCCACAAAGACUAUAGCCUAUUUUUAUAUAAAAACUAAAAGUGCCUGUGUACAGGUCAUUAGGAUGAGAUGAGUAGUUUCUCCAAGUACUGAUGUGAUGUCACAACUGUCACUUCUGUAUAUUGUCGACAAUGAUAUCAAUGAACAAGCUGUGUCUUUGCACUCUUUACAAUAAGUACUCGCACAAUAAAGAGUUUGAUUGUGGA